AUGAGGGGUUGGGGGUACCUGAGCCGCCUCCAUCCCUUCUCAGCUUCUGACAAGCCAAACCUGCAGCCGAGCCGCACCGGAGGGCCUGGGGUCCCGCAUGUGGGUGCCACGCUCCUCUCCCGGAGGAAACUGAGGCCCGUUCCCGCCAGCCGUAGAGGAGCGAUGGCCCCACGAACCCCGAUCCCGCCCCGUCCCGUCGCACCACGCGCGAAAGCCACGCACCAUGCACACGCGUCCAGCGAAGUCGCAACCCAGCGCUCGUCAAACCAAAUCAACUCAGCUUCCGGAAAAUUGACCAAUAAGAAGCAUCUGCCCGCCCCUGCAGGUCGCAGAACUACGCAGGCUCCCCACGCCACGGAGAGUGCAUCAUCCAGACGUGACCCUUGCCAGCCAGCUCCACGGUCCAGAGAGAUCGGGUGCUGCCCACUCCAGGAGACACUGCCUGGACCCCGCUGCCACGGCGAGACGGAGUCCAUAGCUGGUGAGGCCAGUGAGCAGGGCGAGGCCAGGCCCUGCCCAAAAGGACCCCAGAGUCCUUCGCCGGCCCCCGUGCUCCAGAGCCCACCAGGCUCUCCUGCUGGCUCCACCAUGACAUCAGAGUCUACGUCACCUCCAGUGGUGCCGCCUCUCCACUCCCCCAAGUCCCCCGUCUGGCCCACGUUCCCCUUCCACAGGGAGGGUAGCAGGAUCUGGGAACGUGGCGGUGGCAUCGCUCCCCGGGACCUGCCCAGCCCUCUGCCCACCAAACGGACCAGGACAUACUCAGCGACAGCUCGAGCCUCGGCCGGCCCAGUGUUCAAGGGCGUCUGUAAGCAGUUCUCACGCUCCCAGGGCCACGGCUUCAUCACGCCUGAGAAUGGCUCCGAAGACAUCUUCGUGCAUGUUUCUGACAUCGAGGGGGAGUACGUUCCCGUGGAAGGAGAUGAGGUGACCUACAAGAUGUGUCCCAUCCCACCCAAGAAUCAGAAGUUCCAGGCUGUGGAGGUGGUGCUCACCCAGCUGGCUCCCCAUACCCCCCACGAGACAUGGUCUGGCCAGGUUGUGGGAUCCUAGGCAGGCGGGGGUGUCCCCAUGAGGAGGCAGGCAGCAGUCAGUCUGUGC